AUGAUUGUGUUCAUCGCUUGUCUGCGUGAUCAACAUUCCGCAUUGCUGCAAUGUGUUACUGCGUCAUUUAACACGAGGAAUACAACAUUAACGAUCCAUCAACAUUCGCCUCACGGGUUCCUACCGUCUGACUUAUGCAUCCGCUUGGAAAUUCGAAGCAACGAGUUUAUCCAUCAGAAUUUGACAUGCCUGGCCCCAGACUAUCCGACCAAGUUGUCUACAGAUUAUGUUCACGACCAGCUCUGGAUUGUGGUAUGUAAGGGACAAGUCUGUAGCACCGCCUCACCAGUCACCAUCGUCGAAACCGUUUGGGACAGAAUAUCGACGCCUGUAAUAGCAUCAGUCAUUGCAUUGAUUGCGGUUGCCUUGGUGAUAUGUGGUUUUUGUUUCUACAUCAGAUGCAACCAAUGUCAAAAUUACCAAUGGCAUUACAACCAGGGCGUACAUAGACGGUAUCGGAGGGGAAGCGGCCAGCCAGAGGUUCCCCGUCGCCAGCGUGCCUCUGACUCGACAGUUCAAAGGCAGGCACCAAGUCAAACGCCGUCCGCUCCCCCGGUGCCCCAUCCGUUCCGUUCAGACAUCGAAAUGGUGAACUACGACGAUUUGUCGGUCAGGAAUAGACGAUCCUUAACCUCGUCCGUUUCUUCCACGGAAUCACUUUCGGAGAAUAUGCAGUCUUCCAACCCUCGAGACAAUUACCGGGUUCCCCGUGCGACUCCAGGAACACAAAGCAUGCUUCCAGGGAUGUACUGUACAACGUUAAACAGAGGCACUUCUGCGACACAUGGAGGCCGGGUAGGUGCUGGUCAGCACGAAAGAAUCCUGCCUGAUAGGCCGAUCACUACAAGUUCUUGAAUAGGGUAUCGACAUCUUCCAAUGAGUUAAGGAGUUGUUUGACAUAUAUAGAGUAAGGAAAUGAACUUGAAGAAAAAAACAAGGAGUAUGGAGGAGGAAGCGAAGAACGUGAAAAAGAAGGGGAUAAAUAAGAAGAAGA